UGAACCAUAUUCUACCUCGUUUCCGAAUUCGCCUCUUCACCAAAAUGGCGUCCUUCGACGAAGAGCUGAGGAAGGCAUUCCAAGAAUUACAAGCCAAAGUUAUAACAACAACAGCUCAAGUAAAAGUAGCUGAAGCGCAGAUUAUCCAACUGAAAAGAAGUAUUCAACAUGCCCAGCUAACAGAAUAUGAAGUGACGCAACUUCCAGAAGAAACCAAGGCUUAUGAGUCUGUUGGCAGAAUGUUUAUUUUGAGAUCAACAAAAGAAGUUAAAAGAAACUUGGAAAACCGAGUAAAACAUGCUGAAGAUAAGAUCAAAGGCAUAGAGGCAAACAAGGAAUACCUACAAAAAAGUGUUAAAGAACAGGAGAACAGCAUAAGAGAAAUGCUGCAGCAAAGAGUUUGAUUGCAAGGAUUGUGAGUAUGCCUCAACAAAGACAAUUGUUGAGGUGUCCUGUAUGAAGAUGUUGUUUGGAUAAACGUUUUGCAGUGAGCAAGAAGACAUCUACUUUAGAGAUAUCUUCAGCUGAUGUUCCAACCAACUGUUUACUGAUAACAAUGACAUGAAAUUGCAACAGAAGGAGAUUUGUGCAUUGAGAUUUGUCAAGAUGAGGGGUUCUGCAGUGCCAGAAAAAACUGUUCUACAUAAGUUUAUUGAUUCAAACAUUUCAGUCCAUAUGUAGGUUUGUUUUAACUUAUUUUGUAAAAUUUCCCUGCUGCAAAA